GCAGGGGCCAGGCGGGGCAUGUGGCGGGCGGGGGCUGGCGGCCGGCGCUUGGCUCGGGGCGCCCGGGCGGCUUGCAGGUUGUACAGUCAGACUGCCACGAGGGACACCAUCUUCGCCUUGUCUUCUGGCCAAGGAAAAUGUGGUGUGGCUGUGAUCCGAACCAGUGGCCCAGCUAGCGGUGUGGCUGUGCUCCGCCUGACGGGGACAAAGGAGCUGCCACAACCACGAUCAGCUGCCUUGCGCAGGAUCUGUGACCCCAAGUCCUCCGAAAUGCUGGACCGGGGCCUCGUCCUGUGGUUCCCAGGGCCAGGCAGCUUCACUGGGGAAGAUGUUGCUGAAUUCCAUGUCCACGGCGGACCGGCUGUGGUGAGUGGAAUCUUAACUGCCUUGGGAUCCCUUCCUCAGGUGCGCCUCGCUGUCCCUGGAGAGUUUGCCAAACGGGCCUUCCAGAAUGGGAAGCUGGACCUAACAGAGGCUGAGGGGCUGGGGGACCUAAUCCACGCUGAGACGGAAGGGCAGCGCCGGCAGGCCUUACGCCAGAUGGGUGGGGAGCUGGGGCAGCUCUACCGGCGCUGGAGCGACGCUCUAACCAAGGCCCUUGCCCACGUUGAAGCGUAUAUUGACUUCAGCGAAGAUGACAACAUUGAAGAGGGGGUCCUUUCCCAAGUGGACACCACGGUGGAGAUUUUGGAGGAAGAGCUGCGGGUGCACUUGCAAGACGGCCGGCGUGGGGAGAGGCUGAGGGACGGAGUCCAGGUCGUGAUAGCCGGCCCCACCAAUGCUGGGAAGAGCAGCCUUCUCAACCACUUGUGUCGGAAGCCAGCAGCCAUUGUCUCCCCUGUGGCAGGCACCACCCGCGAUGUGGUGGAGGCGGCACUGAACAUUGGGGGCUUCCCGGUGGUGCUGAGCGACACAGCGGGGCUGCGGGACACCAACGAUGCUAUUGAGAAGGAGGGUGUGAGCCGAGCUCGUGAAAGGGUCGGUAAUGCUGACCUCAUUCUGGCUGUGCUGGACGCGGCAGAGAUGGCCCAGCAGCCCAGCCGGCUGGCUUUCUCCUUGCAGGGCAUCCUGCCACCCACCCGGUCAGAUGGGGCCCAGCCGUGUUUGCUGGUGCUGAACAAAUCUGACCUGCUUGGAGUGCAGAACCAAGAAGGCCUCCUACAGGCUUGUGCCCGGUUGGGGCUCCCUCCCGCCUGCCUGCUGUCCUGCAAAACUGGAGAAGGGCUCCCUAAUUUUCUGAGCACGUUCAAGGAGCAGCUGGGCCACAUGUGUGGUAACCCCCUUCUGGGAUCCCCCAGCCCUACGCAGGUGCGUCACCGCGUCAGCCUAACCAAAUGCCUGGAGGCCCUGGGCCGCUUUGGCCGCCACCGUGACCUGGAUCUGGCCCUGGCAGCUGAGGAGCUGCGGCAGGCCCGUCGACUCCUUGGGCAACUGACCGGGCAGGUGGGGGCUGAAGAGAUCCUGACUCUCAUCUUCAAAGACUUCUGCAUUGGAAAGUGAGAGAGGCAGAGAUCCAGUGGGCAGAUGUUCCCCUGGUGGGCAGUCCCAAAGGCUUGGAGGGGAGUGACUUGUGAGGCCUCAAUUUCUGCAGGAGCUGAGAAAAGAUGCAAAUUAAUAACCAUUUUUUGAAGAAUGGGACGGUAGCUGAGUUGUCUUCUGCAGAAGAAAAUAGGACUCCCCCCCCCCACCCACCCCCCUCAUCACAGAGGUUGUUGGAAUCACAUUCAAGAUGUUUACUGCACCAGAUUCUCUGCAAAUUUGAAUGUUGGUUUGGGGGCUUUGGAGUUUAGGAUGAAAGAUAGGUGGGGAAAACUGAGGCUGUAGAAAGAGGGCACAUGUUCAACUGAUGGGUAGUCGGUUUAGGGCUGAUAUCUGGAGGGAAGAACUUUGCACAAAGCUUAGUUAACUUCUGGAACUCUAGGCCCCAGGAGUUGGUAUGAGGUUUGACGCCUUUUUAAAAAGGAUUGUACAUAUGUCAUGGAAGGCAAGCCUAUAUAACUGCUAAAUGGAAGCUCCACGUUGAGAAGCAGUCUACCUCUAAGUUGCUGGGAAGCAGAGGCCUGUGGUCUCAGUGCUGUACUUCCUGGGGACUGUCCACCGUUGGAAACAUGAUGCUGGACUGGAAGACCCCCUUGCCCUCCAUGAAACUCACUCACUGCUCCUUCUGAAAAGCCCUCUAGCCUUGUGGCUUGCAGUUGCAUGGGUGUUACGUAGCCUGCUGCUGCAGUAUUCUAAUAAAGAGAAGAGACUGGACUUGGCUUUCGGCCUUCUGGACAGUUGGGAGCGGGGCUUAGGGGGCACGCUUUGAGCAGCCCUCUGGCUGUGCCCCAGCUGCAGAUGGUUUGCUUUUCUCCUCCACCCGAGGACUCCCAUGUUGGCAACCCAGAAGGUGGGUGCCGCCUUUGAAAAUCUCUUUUUCCUGCCUUUCCAAAUGCUCGGAAAACAGGAACGUUUCCUCUCCAGGAGCUGAAGACAGGAACUGGAGAGGGGUGGGCUUCCUCUUGCAGGCGUCUCUUGGCCCAUCCAUCAAUGGGAAGCAGACGUUUCCUUGGGAGAGAGAGGCAAGUGCCUCCCCCCCUUCUAGUCCAGGGAAGGGGUAGAGUGUCAGACUCGGGUGGGGCCAUCUUGGGCUCAAAUACCCACUCAGUCACAAAGCUCUCUGGAUGGCCUCGAGCCUGCCACUCCUUUAGUGUAGCAUAGCGGUUAAGUGGUUGGCCUGAGAAUCGGUGCUCUCCUGGUUUGGUUCCCACGACGGCCGUGAGCUCAGCAGGUAGCCUUGGUUGAGCCUCUCCUCCCAGCCCAGCGCCCCAGCUGUGUUGUAGGAAUGAUAAUAAUGCUGAUUUUGUUCACUGCUCUGAGUGGGGCACUAAUCUGUCCAGAAGAGCAGUAUAUAAGCAGAAUUAUUAUUAUCCAGUGUCUUCCUCGCAGGGCUGACGUGAGGAUAAAAUGGGUAGGAGCAGGUAGAAGAAAGACAGGAUGAAAAUCUUGUAACAGAAUUUAGACAGUUGGUCCUACUUUGAGUGGUGCAAAUUCAGGAGUCCUGUUAAAGACUGAUUUCCCCCAAGGUUUAAUCUGUUUUUACUGCACCAAUUAGGUUUUGUUCCAUAGGCCCCAAAACAUUUUUGAGUCACCUUCACAUUGAUUGUGUUUCAUAGAAUGAUGCUUCAUUGUCGUUCUUCUGGGCACAUGGGACUGCGCGUGCACAGACCUGCCGACUGGAGAAAGUUUCGACCACUUCUUUAAAGCUGCGUUAGGGGCUACUUCUCCAUAGUGAUGUAGAAGCCCCUUUUCCUGCCUAAAUGGGUGCUUGACUAACCAGGAGGAGUGACCCCCUUCCCUCAGUUCUCUGUUAGCCACUGUGAGGAGAAGAACUUUGCUUGUUAGCUCUUCUUGUUGUUUCUCUAAUUGUUUGUACUUUGGCUUGCUUUUGUCAGUUUUUCUGACUUCAGACCGUUUUCUGACUUCCCUUCUGGUAUUGGGUCUGAUUAAUGGUUUUUGGUGUGUUUGAUCCGCUUUUCAGAAGGAGCAGUGAGUUUCACGGAGUCACAAACAAGGAGGAACAACAUUUUUGGCCCUUUGUGCGGAGGCCACAGCCAUCUGGAAUUGUGCGAUAUCCAAUAAUGUGUCUUUGCGGAGGAUUCCAGAGCAGAUGUGCUAAGCAGGGUUCCGAGUUCAAACCAUGGAUGGACUGUGAACAAUGCCUAUCUAUUUUCGAUAUUUGGGGUGUUCCUGAAAUAGAUCUGUUUGCAACUACUGUAAAUGCCAAGGCCCCAGAGUUCUGCCCCAUGGCAGGAAGCGCGACCCUCUGUCCAUUGGGGACACCUUUCAGCCCACAUGGACAGGCCGACUACUUUAUUUAUUCCCACCGGUUCCACUUAUUCCAAAAGUGAUUUGCAAGAUAGAGAGGGACAAUACAAAUUGUAUCCUAAUAAUCCCCUUUUGGCCCAGACAAAUUUGGUUGCCAAAGUUACUCGAGCUGUCCAAACAGACCUACAUUACACUUGACGUUCUCCUGUAUGGAACGUUAUUCCAUCACAAUCACGACACCCUUCAUCUGACAGCUUGGCGGGUUCAUCCCAAGCAGAGAGACAGCAAGUCCUUUUAAAUGCCAGAAGACCCUCUACCAGGAGCUCUUACAAGGCCAAAUGGAAUCAUUUUGCUGGAUGGGCUCAGAGUAGGGGAAUCGCUGCUACUGCUUGCCCCUUAUCCGGCACUUCUGAUUAUCUAUGCACUUUAAAAUCUGACGGUCCUAAAGGACCAUCUCGCAGCCAUUUCUGCCUUCCAUGUUCAGGUUGAAGGCAGGACUCUUUUUUCACAUCUAAAGUCCUGCUAGUUUCUUAAGGGGAUGUUCAGCCUUUACCUCCCGGUACCACCCCUGGUUCCUCAGUGGUCCCUUUCCCUGGUACUUUCAUGCCUCAUAUUGCCACCCUUUGAAUCCUUGGCAACUUGUUCUUCGGAGUUAUUGUCCCUAAAGGUGAUUUUUCUCGUGGCCAUUACUUCAGCCCGAAGGGUGAGUGGACUGUCAGCACUUUUAUAGCUGACCCUCGCUUUCCAAAAUUCCACGAUAACAGAGUGGUCCUUCGAGCAAGUCUUCACUUUCUGCCAAAAGUUGACACCUUUCCAUGUGUCUCACGACAUCUCAUUGUCAGUAUUUUUUUCCUGCACCCAAGUCUAAAACAGAAAGAGCAUCACACUCCUUGGAUCUUAAAAGAGCAUUUAUCUUUUUAUUUAGAUAGAACGAAAAGGUUUUGUACUGAGCCGUAUCUGUUUGUAUGUUUGGAGGACCAAAUAAAGGGA